AUGAGAAGGGUCAAGAGAGAACUCACUGAUGGAGCAAAAACCAGAAUUGCCAACUGGUUACUUGUACAGAGAUAUGAUGCAUCGAAGAAGCAAAGGGGCAUUGUGACUGAAGCUGUUAAUCUGUUCGAUGUCCAUCGUUCCACAAUACAAAGAAUCUGUAACAUGGCUAAAGCACAAUUUGACAGCGAACAACCAGUUAGUAUUCUGUCACAAAAACCGAAAAAGUGUGGCAAAAAAGGUAAGCUUCACUUAAGCAAACUUCCUCUAAUUGCUCAAAUUCCAUAUCACAAACGAGUAAAAGUUAGGUCACUUGCAAAAGCAUUAAAGAUUUCAAAGACCACAGUUUACAGGUGGAAAAGUUUGGGGCUUAUCAAGCCACAUAGCAAUGCAAUGAAACCGUCUCUGACCAAUGGAAAUCUAAAAGAAAGAUUGAAAUGGCGCCUUGGAGCACUUGAUCAGAAUACUGGUGGGUUUAAUCACAUGUACAACAUAAUCCACUUAGAUGAGAAGUGGUUUUACAUGACAAAAGGGACACAAAGGUAUUAUCUUCUCCCAAAUGACCUCGGGCCAUACAGAUCAUGUAAGAGCAAGAGAUUCAUCACAAAAGUCAUGUUCCUUUGUGCUGUGGCAAGACCACGUUUUAAUGCAAAUGGAGAAUGCAUAUUCGAUGGUAAAGUAGGCAUGUUUCCAUUUGUUAAGUGGGUUCCAGCAAAGAGAAGAAGCAGCAAUAGGCCAGCAGGCACUUUGGAGCUCAAACCAGUGACAUCGGUCACAAAGGAAACUUACAGAAACAUGUUAAUCAGACAAGUGAUACCGACAAUCAUGCAAAAGUGGCCAACAGAUGAUCAAGGUCUAAUCUAUUUGCAACAAGACAAUGCACGGCCUCACAUACAAGUGAAUGACACAGAAUGGAUGGAAGCAGUUCAACUUUCAAACAAACAGUUAAGGUUGAUAUUUCAACCUCCUAAUAGUCUAGACAUGAAUGUGCUAGACCUGGGUUUUUUCCGUGCAAUACAAUCCCUGAAAGACCAGAAUUCUCCUAGAAACACCAAGGAGUUGGUUAAGAAUGUCAAAGAUGCAUUUAAGGAAUUUUGUCCAAUAAAAGGGAAUAAGGUCUUCCUUAGUUUGCAAUUGGUACUAAUAGAGGUUAUGAGAGUUAAGGGAAGCAACAACUAUUUGCAAAAACAUGUUGGCAAAGAACCUUUGGAGAGACAAGGGAUACUCCCUGUCAUCUACUCUCCACCUCCUACUCUAAUAGAAGAAUGUCUAGCAUAUGUUCAAGCAAUGCCGGGAGUCUAA